AUGGUCUCCCUGCAACUCCACCGACUUGCCUUUUUGGCAUGUCUCAUGGCUUUUCUGACUGCUCUGCCAGUAACCGCAAUUGCUGGUGGACAAGACGCUGAGUUGGGUUGGUUUCCAUAUACCGUUAGCCUGCGAAACCGUGGUCGACAUAACUGCGGAGGAAUCAUCAUUGAUCAGUCUUCGAUUCUGACCGCUGCCCACUGCAUUGUCGGUCUAAGCGCAGACCGGGUUAGUAUCGUCGCUGGUGCGGUAAAACUCGACUCUGGAGGAACUACGUACCAGGUGUCGGCGAUUCAUAAGCAUCCCGGCUAUAAUUCCUCGACAAUAACCAACGACAUUGCCGUUCUGAAACUUGCAAAACCCCUAUCAUAUACCCCCUAUAUCCGACCCAUUGCUCUUGCAACACAAGAUCCGCCUGCUGGGUCGGGCACUCUCGGUUCUGGGUGGGGAGUUAGUCGCAGUUCCGGGCCAGUAUCCAACACUCUUCAAUGGAUCUCUCUACAGAGCUUGGAUCACAAAAUUUGCCAGGAAAAAAUGGGUGUUACUGUUAGUCAGAUUUGCACAACGAGCGCAAACAAGGGGGGAAUGUGUCGUGGAGAUUCUGGUGGGCCACUUACUGACGAGCGCAUCACGUUGGUGGGAGUGUAUUCAUGGGGUAGGGGCUGUGGAGAUGGAUACCCUGAUGUUUACGCCAGUGUAGCUUACCAUCGUGAAUGGAUAAGGAGCUAUAUGGGUUAG